AUGGUUAAAAGGAUCAAUAAAAAACCUUUCGAUUGUAUUAUUCCGAAGAGUCCUUCUCCUCCCCAGUACGUCUUCUGGUAUCACAACGAAAGAAUGAUAAAUUACGACACGACAAGAGGUGGUAUAACAGUGAGCACCGAACCCGGUUUGAAAACUCACAGCAGGCUCAUCAUAAACAGCGCUUCUUUAAGCGACAGUGGAAAUUACACGUGUCGAGCAUCAAAUACAGAAGCCGAUACAAUUUACGUAUUUGUUACAAAAGGUGACAAUACGGCAGCCAUUCAAAGACAAGAAUCCUCGUCACCGAAAAAUCAAAUAUCAUCAAUGGAAUAUAUAUUAACGAUAAUAAUAAUAAUAAUAAUACCAAACGUAAUAAGAUAA